AUGCGUGUACUCAUCAUGUCUGAUAUGGAAGGUGUCAGCGGCAUCGUCGUAUGGGAUCAAGUGAACGGGGGUGCGGCGAUGUUUGAGGAAGGGAGACAUCUCUACACGGAGGAGAUUAACGCUGCCGUGCGUGGUGCGAAAGCCGCUGGUGCAACGGAAAUCGUCGUCGUGGAUUGCCACGGUGCAGGACAAGGUUGGACUUUUAAUUCGCUUAUUCCUGAAAAAAUUCACCCGGAUUGUGAGUGGGUAGCGCAUCACGGUUGGGGACGCUACGAAGAUAUGUGGAAAAACGGUUGUGAUGCAUGCUUACUCAUCGGUAUGCAUGCCCGAAAUGGCACGCCUGAUGGUGUUCUCUGCCAUACCAUUUCCAGCGUUCAAUACCGGAACCUCUGGUUCAACGACGACCUUGUCGGUGAAACUGGGGUGAACGCCGCACUCAACGGGUGCUACGGCGUUCCUGUCGCACUUGUUACAGGCGAUGCGGCAGUCUGCCGAGAAGCCAAAGAACUCCUCGGCGACGCACUGCCCACAGCCGCUGUUAAACAGGGGUUAAGUCGAUUUAGCGCACGACAACUCCCACCCGUCAGAGCCCGCCAAUUAAUCGAAGACGCAGCGAGAGAGGCACUCACCGAUCUAACGCGUGUUAAGCCUUACAUCCCUGAUGCUCCAACAACAAUCAAAAUUGAACUCUCAAGCGUUGAUAAACUCGCAGAAUUCAAGGGGCGACCAGGGCUUGAGAUAACAGGUCCCGUUACCGUUGAAAGCCGGGCAAAAGAUUGGCUGACAGCGUGGAACCAGUUCUGGCCCUAUGCCUAA